AUGGCAGCUCUCCCCGCCUGGAAUCUGCUCAAAGGCAAGACCGCCGCCAUCACCGGGGGGACCACUGGCAUCGGUCGCGCGAUCGUGUUGGCCUACAUCACGCAGGGAUGCAAUGUUGCAGUGAACCACUUGGGACGUCCCCAGGAUGAAGAGCGUCGCCAUAGCCUUCUCCAGGAGGUGGAGGCCAUCAAACAGAACGGGGUCGAGGCGGGCAGUAUCCUGGAGCUGCCCGGCGACGUGACGGACCCGGAGACCAGCACCAAGCUGAUCAAAGAGGCCGUGUCUCAAUGGGGCCAGUUGGACAUCUUUGUUGCCAAUGCGGGUGUGUUUAAGCAGGCGGAAUUCCUCGGAAUUGAGCCAUCCCUCCUCGACCACAGCGUCGACGUCAACAUCAAGGGUUGCUUCUAUUCCUGCCAAGCAGCCGCCCGCCAGAUGGUGAAGCAAGGGCACGGCGGUUCGAUUAUUGGCAUUUCCUCUGUCAGCGCCCUGCUCGGCGGUGGCUUCCAGACCCAUUACACUCCCACCAAAGCCGCCAUCCUCUCCAUGAUGCAGUCGAUGGCAAUUGCUCUUGGGAAAGAUAGGAUCCGUUGUAAUGCACUGAUGCCCGGCACCAUUGCCACCCAGUUGGCUGAUCACGAUAUGAAGAACCCUGCUAAGAAGGCCGCUCUCGAGGCGCGCAUUCCUCUUGGUCGCAUCGGUGAUCCCGAGGAUAUGGCGGGCCCAGCAGUCUUUCUGGCUUGCGAGGAGAUGAGCCGCUACGUGAACGCUACGGGAGUACUGGCAGAUGGUGGAAUGUACAGCAACUUACAGUAG